GACGAUGAUGAGGAGAUAGAUGAUGAAUAUCGACCAUUUACUCCGCCACCACCACGAGAAAGACUCAGUUAUACACGAUAUCAAUUAGAGCUAUUAAGUGGUAUAUACGAGAAGGUUCGCUAUCCUAACAGUACCCAGAAAUUACUUAUUGCUAAACGUGUAGGAAUUACACGGGAACAAGUUAAGAUCUGGUUCCAAAAUCGCAGAAGAAAAGAUGUCAUCAAUAAUCCUAAACGGAAAGGAAAUUCUUCAACGGAAAGUUCUGGUAGUCCGACUUCUGCAGAAAGUGAACCCAGUACGCCACCACAGACUGAAGACAGUAAACCCAACUCCCCUGCAGAUAUUGAUGGACCGAAAAUGGUUCCAAAUGUUGUUUUAAAAAGUGUAAUUGAUGAGUUAGAAAGAUUCGAAAAGACUGUUCUAAAAGCAAAGAAAAGCAAGAAAAAAUCCCGCCCUAAACAACAGCAGCAGACGCAACAGAAAAUGUCAACAACUGCCAUUAAAGCCAAUGCUGCUUCUCUAUUUACGGCAUAUGACAUGGUAUCACCGCCAAAUAAGGUCAUAUCUCCAGCAAUGCUCAACACGUCCAUUAACCGCUUCUCUCAUUCCAAGACAACUUCAGCAUUCCAGGAUCCAAAGAUGUUUGAAAACAUCCCAGUGUUAGCAGAUCUCCUUGGUUACAGAAGUAGCGAUUCCAUAAGAUCUCAGAAACAACACCUUAAUCAUUCCUUAAGUCCGCACAACUCCUACGUGGUUUCUCCUAAUCGUGGUGCUACAGAUCGUGGUUAUGCUGAUAUUCCUGGAAGUGUCAAUCAUGGUUCUUUAGGAGUGAAUAGAGUGUUUCCAUUUCCCUUUAUCGCGGAUGCCCCUGUGAUGUUAUCAUCCAUGCGCCACCCCGACCCCUACCGCCCCCCAGCCUAG